AUGGACCUGGACGACUACUUCGACGACGACCUCGUUCUCGAUGAUAACGCGCUCGCUGUUCUUGACCAGGCUGAGUCCCAGUUCCAUGCGGCCCAGCAGCAGGUUGUCGGAGAGCGCCGUGCGGCCGACGCGCCUCCUCCUGCUAAGCCCCCUCCAUCGAAGAAACAGAAGAAAUCGCACGGAAAUGAGGAGGUGGAGCCAGCGUUUGUGGUUCACAGUGUCGAGGAUGACGAGGGCCUACCGGAGAUCUCGGUACUUGGCGGAGGGGGUUCGUACAAGUACCCUGCAGCCCAGCGGGCAGCAGCGAAUGUGCUCGCCGCGCAGCUACGCGGCAACGCGGAUAGUCCCAGUCGAGAGCCCCCUCCAAAGCCACCAGAGCCUGUGCGUAAUACCGUCCGUGCUCCUCCUCCGGCGCCCCCUGUGCGGAAUGUCAUAGUAGCGAAGAGCGCGUCCGCUUCAAAUGUUUCGACCACCGCAAAUGCUCCUGCCCCCUCUCCUGCUCCAAGUGCUCCUGCUUCCUCUUCCAGUCAACUAUCUAGUGUCCAACCUGGAGCUGGUACAAAACUUGUACGACGGUCUACAUUCAACAGCAUCCAGGCCGCUCUGGUUGGCUUUGUCCCCCCCACUAGCAAUGCCAAUCUCAACGGGAGAACGGCAACCUCCCGCCCGGCGAACGCGGCACCAUCAGUCAAGUCUCCUAAUAGCGGCGCCCCUACUCGCCGAGUUUCCCCAGCUGUACCCCCUUCUCAAGCUAGAUCUUCGGUCCAGCGGCUGCCGUCUACUUCGCAGGCGUUUCGACCUCCCGUCCCUCCUCGCUCGUUGGCUGCUCCCUCAAAUCGACGACUAAGUUCUCCUAGCGUCUCGCGCCCUCAUGUGGCACCUCCGGCUGGACAACCGCGACCACCACCGCAGCUUCAACCUCCGCCGCCUUCCCAAGGGCAAAGUGGACGUAGUCUUCGCAUAGAAAUCGACACUCUCCGAGCCCAACUCGCCGACAUACUGAAGGAGAAUGCGGAGGCGAAGAAGAUCGUGCAAGAGGAGCGAAACGCCCGUUACGCGAAGGAGGGCGAGGUUAGCAUCCUGAGGAAGACUAUGGAGAAGACGACGAAAGAUCACUUGGCAGAAGUGGCACGCAUCAAAGCUGCGAGGGAAUCAGCGGAGGCCGGACAGGCGCAGCUACGCAAGGAGAUGACCGAAGAAAGGGAGCGACUGAGAACCGAGUACAUGUUCAAGCGACAUGAGCUUGAGACGAAUGUCCGUAAGACCCCGUGGUCUGUGAGGAUCAAGCGGCCGGAGAACCAAGGAUCACUGACCCCGGUAUCCGCGGCCGCCCAGCGGCGGCAGGCAGCCGCAAGCCCUCAACAUGGCGGUCCGAGCAGUAUCUUCCAGACACCUUCGCGCUCUCGGAUCGAUAAAUCGCUACCCAACAGUCCAGAACGGCAGCGGAGAAGGAGGAUUGUCGACAGCCCUCCUCCGAAGAAGCCCGCGAGGCUCCCAGGCUUCUACAAUGCUUUCGAACCUUCCCCUUUGAAGACAAGCCUGCAGUUCUCGCAAGCCGCACAGUCAACUCAGAUCAACGGGAAGGGGAAGCAACGUGUCGAAGAGCUGUCGUUUGACGUCCAAAAUCUGCCAGCGGAGGAUCUGUUCUUCAACCCCAGACCAACGCAGGAAGAUGCGCAAGCGCGAUCAUCUCCUCUCAGUUCUCCUCCACAGGAAGAGCGGCGGGAAGGGGUAGUCGUCCCAGAGGCCGAUGAACAGAAGGAGUUGUUUGCGCCAAGCGGCAGCGCCGAACCUGUCACAUCUUCUCCUGCUGAGGGUGAUGUGGACAUGAAGGACGAAGCGAAGCCCGCAGAACCUACAGCGCCUGCAGAACCCCUUGUCACGCCAGAUUGGACCAAGGAGCUGCAAGGGAUCAUUUUGACCCACAAGCACCGUAGCUCGAAGCAGCCGACGUUCCAACUGCUCUUGAACCAUGCUAUGCCAGCGACCGCCCCUCUGGAACGCGAUCAGGAGUACACGGUACAAAUCGCGCAAUUGCUCGAAAGUCUCGGCGAUGUAGCGCACAUGUCCGCAGACGAGGACGCAGACGACAUCGUACAUUCCGUUGAGCGGACUUUGUCUACGAUGGGCCGCAUUCUGUGCGGCGUGGGAUCGGUCGCUACUCUCGCCGCAUUGCUAGAUCUUGUAAAGGUGACCGCCCUCUUCGUGCCUGCAUUCAUUCCCCUUGCUCUUGCACCAAACGGCGAAGACGGUGUGGAUGCGCCCCCCGAGCUGCUGCUGCUGCUUUGCGACGUCGUGUCCACUCAUCUCACACCUAUCGCCGAGAGUGUGGACCAAGGUCGCAGUGAGCUUGCUACAGAGGCGCUAGCGUUGCUGGAAGUUGUUAGUUGGUACACGCCUCCGGACCUGGCCCUACGACUCUCCGUUUUCGUCCGCAAGGCAGGGGUGCUUUCAGCCCUCAUCAACAGCGUUCAGCCGACUGCGUUGCUACUGAGGACAAUGCGAGCUUUGACUCUCGCUGCUUCAUAUCGACCCCUUUGGAAGCACUUCCUCUCGUUCCCGCUCACAAACGGCAUUCAAGAAGACGCCUCGGCUAGUGACUUCUAUCGAAUACCGCACAUCGAACAACUCGCAUCCUUCCUUACUGACCGUGCACGCGACGGGCCCGAGUGUCGACCACUCCGGGAUGCAAUCCUCAACUUUAUCACGACUCUUGCUGUCUCCCAUACUGACGCGCUACACAUUUUGCUCCAAUCGCAUGCCCUGUUACCAUCUAUUAUCGUCUUCCUGCACAACAUCACCUCAUCGUUAUGGGAAGAGGACGAAGCGUUCAUGGGGGAUCCCAAGCUCAUCACUUGGACUGUUGACGUUAUGACUCGCACCUUAGUACUCCUGCACUACCUUAUGACGAACGCCGACCCCACGAAGAUCAACCUUCGCCACAAGCUCAUGUGUCCACCUCGCCGCUUCUCCAAUGCGCUCUGGCACAUGUUUACCGUCUCGCUCGGUCGUAUCAGCUACGCACACCCGCCCGAGUGGGCCGGGGCCGAGAACGCACUUAUACUGGACCAGAUAUGCGACAUGGCGAAGGAUGCGUUGGAGGUCGCAGUGGACGGCCCCGAGCUGGAGUCCAUCUGGGCGGCGUUCCAUGUUGACGACAACGUUCCAGCACCGAGGACGCAAUACGCACCCGAGGAGGACGAGAGCGAGCCGGCCAGCGAGGGCGAGGCCCCGCGGCAUGGUACCUUACAUUCUGUUAUUGAGAUCGACUGA